CAGUGCUGAGGGAGCGCCGCACGGGGGAGGGUCAGUGCUGAGGGAGCGCCGCACGGGGGAGGGUCAGUGCUGAGGGAGCGCCGCACUGUCUGAGGGUCAGUGGAGGCUGGAUGCCGCUAUGGAGAUGAGCGUCAGGAGAUGCCACGAGCAGAAGCAGCCAUUCGGCGAAGAUUCAGCCGCUCAUGUCGCCAGAUCACAUUUCCGGGUCUGUCGCUUCAUCAUUGAGUCAGGAGUGAAGCUGGGGAUGCACUCGGUGCCAAUGGCUUCGGCCUGUACCAUUUACCACAAGUUUUUCGAAGAAACUGCCAUUCAGAAUUACGACCCGUACCUGGUUGCCAUGGCCGCGAUCUACCUCGCCGGGAAAGUGGAGGAGCAACACCUCAGAGCCCGAGACAUAAUCAACGUGUGUCACAGGUACCUGAACCCGCAGACUGAGCCCCUGGAGCUGGAUACCCGCUUUUGGGAGCUGCGCGACAGCGUGGUACAGUGCGAGCUGCUGAUGCUGAGGGUGCUGAACUUUCACGUGUCGUUCGAGCAUCCCCACAAGUACCUGCUGCACUACCUCAUCUCGCUGAGGAACUGGACGAACCGGCACAUGUGGAAACGGACGCCGGUGGCCGUCACCGCCUGGGCCGUGCUGCGCGACAGCUACCACGGCACGCUCUGCCUGCGGCACCAGCCCCAGCACGUUGCCAUCGCCGUGCUCUACUUUGCGCUGCAGUGCUACGGUGUGGAGGUGCCCGGCGACGCCACGGCGGAGAGAGCAUGGUGGCAGGUCUUCUGCGAGGGAGUAACAAAGAACACCAUCGACGCCAUUGUCAUGGAGCUGGUCCAGAUCUACGAGAUGGACGCAAAACCAUGAGGCCGGCCCGCAGUGUAGCCCUGGGGGUGGUGGGGUGGGGGGGCGCGGCCGGGCACCAACCCUCCUGCCUCUUUGCUUCCCCCCCCACCUCCUCCACCACCCCGUCACUCACUGGAGCACGUGCCUCCCCGCACUCCCCCCACUCCCCAAACCAACCCCGUCCACCCCGAGCUCCGAGCUCGACAGCAUGACCCUCUCCCUGCCCUCGCAACCCCUCCGCUCCCCAUUUCGUACCCCCCCCCGCCCCCCAC